UCUGCUGACAAGAGGGAAGUAUACGUUAACGCAUAGUCACAUGAUAUUAGAAAAUUUAGAUUGCAUCAAGUGUUGUUUACAUACGGACCAAUGACCAUACCUAAGACACGGAUAGAACAAAGGACUAAGACACAAUGAGUUAUCAGGCACCCGCGGGAUCUUACCAGCAAAACCCACCUCCCUAUCAGCAAUAUGGUGGAGGCCCACCGGCAGGGGCAUACACUGGACCACAACCGGCGGGAUAUGGUCCGUACCAACAACCUCCAGCGGGGGCAUACAACGGACCACCAGCGGGGGGAUACGCUCCAUAUCAACAACCCCCGGCAGGGGCUUAUCAGCAACAGCCCACAACAGUAUAUGUUUAUGAAGGAAAGAGUCAACAACAACGAGACCAGGAGACGGCCGAGGAUUGUUUUCUGUUGACUUGUUGUAUGGCUUUAUUGUGUUGUUGUUUCUUGAAUAAUUAACUGAAUCAUCGAAUACAGAAGUGAUGUAUGGAAAACAAAAAAAAUGUAUGAAUAUAUAUGGUUGUAGUAUAUAUGCGCGUGUGUUUUAUGUGAGAAGAAGUAUGACUUUAUUUCUCAUACAUUGUAUAUAUACUAGUAAUCAUGAUUUUGUUCAUUGUUAUUGUACAUAAGAUUUCAAGUAUAUUUUUAAUGUUUGCAUUUUUUUUUCUGUUUCUAAAUGAUUCUUUUUCUGGUGAAAAGGAAAUGUUCUUGUAGAUAUAAUUAAAAAUUAUUGUAUGAUGACACUUUGUGAUGAAACUCGUAAAAGAGCUCUUUUAAUUUAAUUUUUUAUUGCAAUCGUUUUUAUAGUUUCUGUACAUAUAGUCUCAACACUUGGUUGGAUUAUUUCAAAACAUUACAUUAAACUGACAUAUGUUGUAA